CUUCUGAAGUCUUACUAACCACCAUGAAAACGUUUUUUUGCUAUGCAGAUGUUAAACUGUUUAGGUCAGUGCAUUAAUAUUGAAAGUAUGCUUUCACAGUUGCCACUAUUAUUGUCAUAUCUAUUGUAUUCUAUUAAUGUUUUGAUAUACCAUUGAGACUGGUCCAAAAAGUUAUUUAGUCCAAAUAGCACUUAACGAUUGAGCUCUAAAUGAAGAUCAUUGCUUGGAAAUGACAGUUCAUGCUUCGUUCCAACAGAAACAUGCCUGUUGAUAUUAAUAAGAAUUUAUUCCAUUUUUAUUUUUAGUUCUAAUUACCAAUAGCGACAAUAUGACGAAAAUCAAAUAUGCACAAAAUACUACUUGUAGCCUAUCUAUUUAGAGAGAUCACUACACCAAACAUUAAAUACAUGCUCUUUGGUAUUGUAAUGUCAAAUUGACAUUGAUUAAUUCAUGUCAAAAAGUCAAAACCAAUAUUGGUGAAACGAAUAAUUUCUAGGCGAUUUUCUUUUAAAUUAAAUUAAAAUUAGUUUUAAAAUGCUUAGGCGAUUAUAUCCAUUGUUAAUCCAAUCUCGCACUAUUAAACACACCGUUGACAUAAAAUGGGUACGACCGGAAUACAUACCAGCUUACAAAGCUGAGAGAUCUGGUGAUUUGGAAGCCGUCCCGCCUAUUCCGGAAACAGCGUUAGGACAAGAUUACGCUUUAAGCGAAGAAGUUAAAGAUGCACCAGAAGCUGUUAAAAAGAUAUUCUCAGUUGGUCAUCUUGGAAAGAAGGAAUACAAUACAUUGGUGAAGACACAUUACAUGAACAAAGUGAGAAGACAUCAAUAUGAUGAGCAUACCACGGAGACAAGGAUUGCCAGACUUACUGGACAUAUAAGAUGUUUACAGGACACAAUGGAGAAAGAUCCCAAAAAUGUUAGUGCAAAAAAAUUUGCUCAAGAACUAAUUGAUAAGAGAAAAAAACUAUUGAAGUUCCUCCGGCAAUAUGAUUAUAAGAAGUUUGAAUGGUUGUUAGAAAAACUUAAUAUUGAAUACAAAGCACAUCCUGAUACCUACAACAAGUUAUCGAGAAAGGAAUCAUUAAGAAAACUAACGGAGAUGCAUUGUGAUGAUAUUAAGAACAAGAAACUCGAUGACUACAGAACAUUACUGGAGAGUCAACAAGGACCUUUUCUAACUAGAAAAUUGGAAGAUUUAAAAUUCAUACGAAGUGAACAAAUUGAUUUACAACUACCAAUCACUGUUGCGGAACAGGAUAUAAAGAAAGUCGAGGAACAGCUGAAAGAGUGGACAAUAAAAGAUGAAAUCAAACAAAAGGCUAAGAAAAAGAAGAGGAAUAUUCUAUUGGAAACUGAAUAAUGUAUAUUUAUGUAGGUGUAGUUAAUAAAAUGUGUUUAUAAA